AUGAAAUUUAUUUCUCAAGAUGACAUUACUUUUGAAGUAUAUAUAUCUAUCAAAUUUAGAUUGAUAAUGAAGUUCUAAGAUAAUGCACUAAAAUUUGUAAUACAGAUUCUUCUAUUGUUAAAUUAACAAGUACUAAAAGCAAAAUUCUGUAAAAGGUGAUUUAGUAUUGUGAAAUGCAUUUAAAUGAUUUUGAUAUCCCUGAAAUAUAAAAACCAAUAAAAUAUUAACAUAACAUGUAAUAUUUAUUCUAAUUUAGCUUUGAUAUUGUGUCGUUUAAAGAUGCUUAAUUUAUUACUAAUCUUGAAUUUGAGGAAAUAAUACAAAUUAUUUAAGCUGCGAAAUUUCUUGGAAUAAAUACUUUGAUUGACCUAUCUUGUGCAUACAUUGCUAUCAAAAUUAGAGGUAGAUUUAAUUUUUAUAUUAAAGGAAAAAACUCAUAAUAAGUAAAAGAAAUGUUGAAAUCUAAUAAACCUAUAACAGACGAAUAAGAAUAAAUGGAUAGAGAUAUGGAAAUUAAGGUUAAAAAAUGAAA